AUGUCUACAAUCACAACAAGCAGGCUCUGCAGUGAACUAGAUACUAUUUUUACUUCACUUGGACUUCCACAAAUUAUAGUUUCGGACAAUGGUCCUCAAUUCACAUCUCAAGAAUUUCAUGAAUACUGCAGAUACAAUGCUAUCAGACACGUUAAGUCUUCACCUUACCAUCCAAGAACGAACAGGUUGGCUGAACGGCUAGUUCGUACUUUCAAAACCAGAAUGUCUGCUAGUAUAAGUGACGGAUUAAGUUUAAAAGAACGUUUGGAAAACUUUCUGUUUACUUACCGUAUUACCCCUCGAACCGAUGCUGGUAAAUCACCAGCAGAAAUACUUUUAGGACGACAACUACGUUGUCUCUUAGACAAUAUUAAACCAAAUCCUAGAAUGUCCCUCCGCUUCAAACAAUUUCAAGCUAACAUUGAACAUGACAAGGAAAUAUAUUUCAAUCCAGGAGAAACUGUUUUUGUACGCUCUCGAGAUAAUAAAUCAUGGAAGCCUGCCACAAAAUACCAUGCGGAUCAAAUAAGAAAACGUGUAAUUGAAAGAGAGGAUGUACCGGUAGGUCAGUCCUGUAAUGCCCAUACCCAAGAUGUCCAGAAAAUGCAACACAAUACACCAGUGACUCCUCAAAGAGACAGGGAAAUAUCAUUAGAGACUGCUCCUUUGGAGUUUAGAAACCAAUUCGAGACAUUGGGUACUGCGUGUAAUAAUGAAACACCGAAACAUUCAAGUGUAUUAGCACACAAUUCAAAUGACGUGGGUAGACAUAUUCGAACACCAGCAGUUGAGGGGUUACGUCGUAGUAAGCGUGAAGUCAAGCCACCAAGACGUCUUAUUACAGAACUGUCAUAA